AUGGAUCAGCAGAGGUUGGCGGCACUCCUGCAGGAGUCGCAAGUUCCCGACACCCAGAAUCUCAAGGCGGUCACUGCCGAGCUUCAAAAAAACUACUACUCCCACCCGGAGUCCCUCCUUCUCCUCAUCGAGAUCGUCGCGACCCACCAAGAUGUCAUUGUGCGGCAGCAGGCAGCCGUGCAGGGCGCGCGGUUGGCCGUGAAGCACUGGGAGAAGAUCGCCAAAGCACAGAAGCCCGCUGUGCGUCAGCACCUUGUGCGAGCCACUCUCAAUGAGCAGAGCCCCCGGGCUCGCCAUGCCAACGCUCGUUUGGUUGCGGCCAUUGCUGCCAUUGACCUCGAAGAAGGCGAGUGGCACGAGUUGAUCCCCGCUCUUUUCACCCUCUCGAGCAGCAACGAGGUUGGCCAGCGCGAGGUCGGUUCCUACAUCAUCUUCAGCUUGCUGGAGGAGAACCCGACUUCCUUCGCCGACCAUAUGCCGAAGCUCCUCGAGCUUUUCGGCCACUCCCUGCGCGACCCCCAGAGCGCCGACGUCCGCAUCAACUCUAUGAUGUCCAUUGGCGCCAUGCUGCUGAUGUUUGAGCCCCUCGAGGACGAAGAAUCCGUGGCCACCCUCCAGACCUUGAUUCCGCCCAUGGUCGACGUCCUCAAGGACGCCGUCCAGGCCGGUGACGAUGAAAAGACCGGCCAAGCUUUCGAGGUGUUCCAACAAUUCUUGGCCUACGAGUCUGCCUUGCUUGGCAAGUAUCUCAAGGACCUAGUCCAGUUCAUGAUCGACCUUGCUGCGAACAAGCAAGCCGACGACGAGGUUCGCGCCCAAGCGCUGGCCUUCCUCGCGCAGACUGUCCGCUACCGACGCAUGAAGAUCCAGGGUAUGAAGGACAUGGGCCAGGAGCUCACGCAAAAGAGCUUGUUGAUCCUCACCGAGAUCGACGAUGACGAGGAUGACGACGAUAUGGGCCCUGCUCGGUCAGCCCUGGCUCUGCUCGAUCAACUGGCCACCGACCUGCCGCCGCGCCAAGUUAUCGUUCCGCUGCUGGACGCCCUUCCCAAGUUCGCCACCUCCGAAGACCCUGGGUACAGGAAGGCCGGUAUUCUUGCCCUCGGUACGGUUGUUGAGGGUGCGCCCGAUUUCAUCGCUUCGCAAGUGAAGGCCAUCAUGCCUCUCGCCAUCAACCUGUUGAACGACUCCGACGUUGGUGUCCGGCAUACUGCUCUCAUCGGCCUCGCUCGUCUCGCCGAUGACAUUGCCGAGGAGCUUUCCUCGUUCAACGAGCCUAUCAUGACUGCGCUGGUGAAGAACCUGCAAGCGGCCAUGGUCCCGGUCUCCGACGAGAAGCUCGCCAAGAAGAACAUCGAAAUCAUUCGGUCGGUUUGCGGCGCCCUUGACGCCAUGUCUGAAGGCCUGGAUGCCGAGUUCAUGAAGCAGAACGCCGGCGAUCUGGUCGGUAACAUUGGUGCCCUGAUCACCCAUGAUGACUUCAAGGUCAAGGUCGCCGCUUCCGGUGCCAUUGGUGCCAUUGCUGAGUGCCUCGGCGAGGAUUUCAAGCCCUACUUCGAGCAGACAAUGCAGGCUCUGGGUGCAUACCUCACCAUCAAAGAGACCGAGGACGACCUUUCGCUACGCAGCGGCGUUUGCGACUCUGUUGGCCGCAUUGCCACCGCCGUUGGUGCGCAAACCUUCCAGCCCUACGUCGUCGACCUGAUGCGGUCCAGCGAGGAGGGCCUGCAGCUCGAUAACUCGAGACUUAAGGAGAGCAGCUUCAUAAUGUGGAGCUCGCUUGCUAAGAUCUACGAGAAAGAGUUUGCACCGUUCCUUCCCGGCGUUUUUAAGGGCCUGUUUGACAGCCUGAGGCUCGAGGAGGAGGAAAUCAAGCUGAAGCUCAGUGAGGAGGAGAAGGGCAUUGUCGGCACGGAUAACGAAGUCAUCACCGCUGGCAAGAAGAUCACCAUUAAAGGGUCUGAUGACGACGAAGAGUGGAUGGAUGACGACGAUGACGACGAGUACGACGAUUUUGGUAUCUCGGCCGAGGCCCUGGAGAAGGAGGUUGCCAUGGAGAUCCUCGGGGACAUCAUCACCUAUGCCUGUGGCACCCAAGAGAUUACCGAAUAUUUGGAGAAGGCGGUCGAGACCAUCUCCCCGUUGGCCGAACACUCAUACGAAGGCUGCCGUAAGGCCGCUGUCGCGACACUCUGGCGGUCGUAUGCUCGUGUGUGGCAGCUAAUGGAGCAGGAAACCGGCAUCAACUGGGAGCCUGGUCUUCCCCUCAAGCACACCCCAACCGUCACGCUCGUGAAGCUCGGGGAGAUCGUGUGCAAGGCCACCGUUGCUCUGUGGCACGUGGAGGCUGAUCGUACUGUCGUCACCGAGAUCAACCGCAACGUUGCGGCAACCCUCAAGGCUUGCGGCCCCGCCAUUCUUGCCCAGGAGGAGUUCGUCAAGGAGGUUAUCACUGUGAUCUCCACCAUCAUCACCCGCUCUCAUCCCUGCCAGCAGGAUCUGGGUGAUGAAGAUGAGGAGCAGGAGGUCGAAGGGUCGUCUGAAUAUGACUGGCUCGUCAUUGACACGGGCCUUGACGUUGUCAUUGGUCUCGCUGUCGCCCUUGGGCCUGGCUUUUCCGAGUUGUGGAAGAUCUUCGAGAAGCCCAUCAUGCGGUUCGCCGGAUCCGAGUCGGAGAACAUUGAGCGGUCCACCGGUGUUGGCGUCAUCGCUGAAUGCGCGGCCAACAUGGAAGCCGCCGUUACGCCGUACACCGAAGAGCUGCUCAAGCUCCUCCUCAAGCGAUUGUCGGACACGGAUCCUGAGACCAAGAGCAAUGCCGCCUACGCCACCGGCCAGCUGAUUCUCAACUCCACUGACACGAACACCUACAUGCCCCACUACGGCACGAUUUUGCAAAAGCUCGAGCCCAUGCUUCAGGUCCAGGAGGCGCGCAUCAAAGACAACGCCGCGGGCUGCAUCUCUCGCAUGACCAUGGCGCACCCGGACCAGAUUCCGCUCGGCGACGUCCUCCCUGCGCUGGUCGGGCUGCUUCCCCUCAAGGACGACUUUGAGGAGAACUCACCGGUUUAUGAGUGUAUAUUGAAACUUUAUGAGAAUAAUGAGCCCACUGUCCAACAGCUUACCCCCAAGCUCGUCCCCGUGUUCGAAGCGGUGCUCAGCCCCCCGGCGGACCAGUUGGAUGACGAGACGCGCGAAAUUGUUCGCAAGACCGUCUUCCUGCUUUACAACGCCGACCAGGGCCUCUUCAGCAACAACCCCAAUGUCCUGAAGCUUGCCGGUGUUGCGUAA